AUGAUCAAUGCAACCAUGGUAGAGGUAUUCACAUUGUCAGGCCUGAAGGACACAACAACAAAAUACAGAGUCACACUCUUCUCUCUAAACCUGUUUUGUUACAGUGCCAUUUUGUUUGUGAAUGUGGCUCUCAUCUUUACAGUCAUACUUGAAGAAAAACUUCACAGUCCCAUGUACAUCUUCUUGUGUAACCUGUGCUUCAACAGUCUUUGUGGGACAGCAGCCUUUCACCCCAAGUUCCUCUUCGACCUGUUGGCCAACACUUAUGUCAUAUCUUACACUGGUUGUCUCUUGCAGGCCUUUUUUAUUUAUUCCUAUGCAACAACUGAUUUCUCUAUCCUGGCUGUGAUGGCCUAUGACCGAUAUCUUGCUAUAUGCCGCCCUCUGCAGUACCAUGUUAUCAUGACAAAACAAUGGGUUGUCUUUUUGGUGUGUUUCUCCAGACUUGUGCCAUUGAGCUGUCUGUCUGUUGGGGUGAUUUUGACAGCUACGCUGACAUUAUGUGGCUCCCACAUAGACAAACUGUAUUGUGAUAACUGGUCUGUCCUCAUGCUGUCAUGUCAUUCAACCAUGUCUAAUAAUAUUUUUGGAUAUUGUGUUACACUUCUGUAUUUCCUCCAUGCUGUCUACGUUAUGUGUUCCUAUGUGCAGUUGGUAAAGUUUUCUUUAAAGUAUCAGGAUUGCAGGAAGAAGUUCCUGCAGACGUGCGCACCACAUUUGUUCUGUCUGGUUAAUGUCACUGCCGCUCUUCUUUUUGACCUCAUGUACGGUCGAUUCGGGUCCAAAUAUUUAGAGCAGAGUUUGAAAAACUUCAUGGCUAUCCAGUUUCUGAUUAUUCCCCCUCUUUUGAACCCUAUCAUAUACGGUCUUAAUUUAACUGAAGUGCGUAGAAGCUUUUUGAGACUAAGUUGGUACAACAAGCAGCUCAGAAGUGCAAACUUUGAGAUCUGCGAGGAGCUGGCAGCCCUCCAAAGUCUCAAAGGGACUACGACGGGGGAGGAUAUUUUGGGCAAAGUGUACCAAACCAUGGAAGAGUUGGACCUGGACUGGUCAAAGCUGGCCAGCAUCACAACUGACGGGGCUCCUAAUAUGGUGGGCAUGUCUCGGGGUCUAAUAGGACGCAUGAACCGGGAGAUGGAAGAACGAGGUCUCACCGCCCCGUUACAAGUCCACUGCCUAAUUCACCAGCAAGCACUGUGCUGCUAA